CUUUGAUGGAAUUUACCAUCUUGUGGAGUUAUGGAGUUGGGCUAGUUGGGUUAUUUCCAAUCGAUCUUUCAAGUCAAGUCUGUGUCUCAUAAGUAAUCCCAAUGUAGCCUUUUCAUUUGGCAGGGAGUAAUUGUAAAUUUAUAAUGAUUCCAAAUAAAAACGACCAAGCAAGAAUUCGAGAACAAGAGAAAGAGAAUCGUUGCAGGAGGAAAUGGGAUGGGGAAGGUGGAUUUUCGAAGGCGUAAUCGCAGUAGGCUCUCUAUUGCUACUGGGCUGGACCGGGCUAUGGUUCCUGAACCGGAGGCUAUACAAGGAGUACGAAGAGAAGAGAGUGCUGGUUCAGAUAAUCUUCAGUGCCGUCUUUGCACUCUCUUGCAAUCUCUUCCAGCUCGUUCUCUUUGAGAUUAUCCCUGUCCUCUCUAAAGAGGCAAGAUGGAUAAAUUGGAAGGUGGACUUAUUUUGUUUGAUAAUGCUACUAGUCUUCAUGUUGCCUUACUACCAUUGUUACUUGAUGCUUUGCAAUAAUGGCGUGAGGAAGCAGAGGGCUACUUUUGCUGCUACCUUGUUCUUGAUGGCAUUCCUAUAUGUGUUUUGGCGCAUGGGCAUUCAUUUCCCAAUGCCUUCUCCUGAUAAAGGAUUUUUUACCACUCCUCAGCUAGUGAGCAGAAUUGGAGUUUUUGGCGUGACUCUCAUGGCUAUACUUUCAGGCUUUGGGGCUGUGAAUUUACCAUACAGUUAUCUAUCUUUAUUCAUUAGAGAAAUUGAGGAAUCAGAGAUCAAGGCAGUAGAAAGACAGCUAAUUCAGUCAAUUGAGACCAGCAUUGCCAAGAAAAAGAGAAUCAUUCUUUGCCAAAUAGAAAUUCAGCGUAUUCAAGGAGCGGAAGAGAAAACAAAUGCUAGUUCUUUCCUGAAACGAAUUGUAGGAACAGUUGUGCGAUCUGUUCAAGAUGAUCAAAAGGAGCAGGAUAUAAAAAAUAUGGAAGCUGAGGUUCAAGCUUUGGAAGAACUCACGAAGCAACUUUUCUUGGAAAUUUACGAGCUUCGCCAAGCUAAGGAAGCUGCUGCCUAUUCCCGUACAUGGAAAGGUCACAUGCAGAAUCUCUUGGGUUAUGCUUGUUCUGUCUAUUGUGUGUAUAAAAUGAUUAAGUCUUUGCAAAGUGUUGUCUUCAAGGAGGAUGGUUCUAUUGAUCCAGUGACGCGGACAAUCAGCAUAUUUUUGCAAUUUUUCGACAUAGGAAUAAAUGCGACAUUGUUGUCACAGUAUAUAUCACUCUUAUUUAUUGGGAUGUUGGUUGUCAUAUCUGUCAGGGGUUUUUUGACGAAUUUGAUGAAGUUCUUCUUUGCAGUCUCAAGAGUUGGGAGCGGGUCGUCUAGCAACGUGGUGCUUUUCCUGUCUGAAAUAAUGGGAAUGUAUUUUGUGUCCUCUAUUCUCUUGAUCAGAAAGAGCCUCGCAACUGAAUAUCGGAUGAUCAUAACAGACGUGCUGGGAGGGGACAUCCAGUUUGACUUCUACCACAGAUGGUUUGAUGCCAUAUUUGUAGCCAGUGCUUUCCUUUCCCUGCUCUUACUCUCUGCACAUUACACAUCCCGCCAGGCAGACAAACACCCGAUUGAUUGAUUAACACCCAGCAUAUAUUUUUUACAAUGCGAGAUGAUCUGUGUACAGUGCCCAGAAUGACUCAGCAGCAAAUAGUAAAUAACCUCAGAAUUCAACAACAAUGCAUCUUAAUCAUAGUAUAAAGCUAUGUUUUUUUUGUUUUUGUUUUUUUGAGUGUAAACAAUUAUUGGUCAUCUGAUACUUCCUACAUUUACCCCUCCCCAACUAUUGUCUUGUUUCAUUGCUUUGAACAUGGGGCCAAUUAGUUGGGGAAUGGGAGUGCCUUUUUUCCACAAUUCCGCAUACUCCUUGCAUUC